CCGACCAUCCACUAAACAUCGUGGACAACGAGACGCAGCAAAGAAACCCUCGAUUCUUCGAUUUCCUCGAAGCUCUCUUUUGAAAAAUAUUUCUAAUUUACUUCAGAAACCCAAUUCUCCGCUUGCCCAGUUUUCAUCAAAGAAACUCGCUGUGUUUUCUUACUAACAAUAAUAAUUCUUUGUUGUUUAAGUUUUGGGACAUAAUGGAGUCUGCCAUGAAAGUUUCAUCCCCAAUGAUAUUUCCCAUAAAUUCAACUCCAAAAUUGAAAAGAAUUAACAACAUUUCUUACGGUUUCGGAUCCAAUGGACGCAAUUCGAUCUCCAAAAUCCGCGCAGUUUGUUCCAAUGGCCCUGUUUCAUCCUCUUCUUCUUCUUCUCAUGAGGCUGAGUCAAGGGCAGUGGGAGAUGCACACAAACAAAGAAGCAGUCUUGAAUCGCUAUUUUGUUAUGAUAAACCUAUUCCCGAGGAAAGAAUUGAAGAACCAGCUGGGGUACAUCUGGCUGAAAAGUUAGUUGGAGAUAAUCCCCGUUGCAUUGAUUGUCAGGCCAAAGGUGUUGUCCUUUGUUCCACUUGUUCUGGUUGCGGAUUAUAUGUGGACUCGAUAUUAGAGAGCCAGGGCAUCAUUGUCAAAGUCCGCUGCCUAGGUUGCGGAGGAACCGGCAAUGUUAUGUGCUCGGAGUGCGGUGGCCGAGGUCAUCUAGGGCCCAAAUAAUAUGCCGUCGGCCUCUUUACCUCUGGGGAAAUUUGUUUUGGCCUUUAUAUGUAGCAUUUACACAUUGGAAUUUCAUUUCUUCAAGUCAUGUAGUUCUUGAUAAAAGAAAUUUGAUAAAGUAAUUUGAUUCGAGCCAUUUUCUAAUGAUGUAUGUUUUCGUUUUAAAA